AUGUACAGCUUCAUUGCUUCGAAGGGGAUCGCCUUCUACCAAGACGAGAAUGCAUCAGAAGAAGAGGUCGAAAAAGAAGGGGAACGAGAGGAGCAUUAUUAUGAAGAAGCACAAGAGCAAGAAGGGCAAGAGCAAGAAAAAAAAGAACAAGAUGUGGAGGAAGCAUUCAAUGAGAAAUUAGAUGUACGAUAUGCAGAAAAUGAAGAGGGAGGUGUGCAUUUCGAUUUGAAAGCAGCUCAAAAACACGAUCUUGGAGCGUUCCUCCCAGGUGGGAAAUCUCUAUUCCUCACUUCUCUUCUGACACCUGCUGUUUUGCAGCAGUGUUCAGGAGAGACUGUAACACAGGGAAUAGAGAAAACCAUCAACACUCUUCUGAAUGAGGUUUCCAUUCGGGACCCGUUCUUCAUCAUCUAUGGAACUUCCGUUUCCGCUAGAUCGUGUCAAUACCCUCAAAUUGAAACACGAUUUUACGAUGUUUUCGGUCAAGUCUUGCAAAAAGGCUUGAAAGUCCCAGACUCUGUGUUCACAAUGGGCCAGCUUGUCACGAAAAUCAGAGGUGCCACCAAAAACUUCAUUUCGAGAAAGCGAACAAACAGAGUUUUGGUGGAGGAUUUGCUAGCUGAUUUCACAAGUUAUUCGAGAAGAAACAAGCUAUUCCAAUUCGAAGAACCACCCGUCCAUGUUAAUUGUCCAUGGGCAGAUUUCGUUAACUCGAAUGAGGCAGAAGAGUCCAUAUCUACCCAGCAUAUUAAAGAUUUAAAUUUUUUUAUUUGA